GCCAUUCUCUCGCCGAAACUCUCUCUGCUAUCGCACUCAUGUAUGUUGACAUGACACUCUGUACAGAUGCUCGCGUAUUUGAUUCCGUAUGGAUCUAGAGGGCUUUGUAGGUGAAACACGGUGAUCACCGCGGCCACAAGAAUGUCGUCCAUUGCACCAAGAAUACUAUCGCUGACGUUCACAACCAUUCACAGGGUACACUCUUCCCAUGCUGCUAUCGAACGGAAAGCAACAGGAACAGCGCCGUCGACUUCUACAGUGAUGUUCGCCGAUACGCAGCUAACGGGAGCCACACAGCACGUUUACGGGCUCUCAUCGGAAGGUCUGCUGAAUUCUCAUCACAUAUCCUGUGCAACGAUUACGAAGGGGCCGUGCGGCAUGGACUACCUCGCUCAACUGUUCAGUCGCAGCUCAGGGCUGUUUCUGGUGAAACACUUGGCCUGCAUGACAUCAUGAUGCGAAUUGCAUGGCUGUCUCACCCCUCUCUCAGUUCCUUAUAAAAUGCUAAUCACGCUGAUUUUGAAUGUCCAAACUUCGGUCGAGUUCGUUGGCGUCCCAAUACGAUGCAAGGCCGCGGAGGGAACCAGUCCUAUAGAGGCCAUGCGGCUCGAAGCACUAGCGUUUGAAGUAUAGAGCCAAGCGACCCUCACAACUAUGAACACCGCGAUGAGAUCGAUUGUAACUUCUCCUCUCACGUUUGCAGCAUCACUGAAUGUAGUAUAAAGAUUUCAUUGCCCGACGCCCCACCACAACCCUGCGCUCCAUCUAGGACAGGCAUACUGAGCAUCUCUGCGGUUGCGGAUGCCUGUCGUUACAGCUCUCAGAGUGAACCUCGCGCUGACCUGCGUGGAGAGCGCACUCUACGGGGCGUUUGUCGUCCUCGCUGUCACCUCUCUUGUGGUCCUCAUCGCCCGGCAUGGGAAAGACACCGGUCUAAGCUCAUCGCUGUCGCCAGCUGGUGUAAUCCAGUCCCCGCUAUGCAUGGGUACCGUCAUGUUACUCAUAACCGUCACCGGGCACUGGAUCACCACAGUCAUACGUCUCUACGAAGCAAUCAGGGACGAAACGGGCGGGACACAAGCUUCAGCGUAUUACCUAACAGUAGAAGCGAAGCCGCACGUCGUAGCCACUGCGUUUGUAGUCGCGUCCGUUAUAGUGGGAGAUAUCAUUCUGACGUACCGCAUCUGGGUCGUUUGGCACAGGAAGUUUUCAAUGAUCAUUUUUCCCAUCCUAUGCACGUUGGGAUACACGGCCACCGGCACAAGUGUCGUUGAACUGUUUGCGAUCUUCAACAGAGGAGAAAGCAUAUUUGUGAGAGCCUCCCAGAAACGGAUUAUAACUACUGCAGCACUCACCCUCUCGACAAAUGUUUACGGAACAGUCUCCAUCGCAUAUCGCAUUUGGGUGACUAACAGAGCUAUGAAACAUGGCCGCAUGAAGGGCUCCAGUAUAGGCUUAUACGAAGCAUUAGUCAUUUUCAUCGAGAGCGCGGCGCUUUACACGUCAUGGACGCUUUUCUUCCUUGUAUCAUACUCCGCCUCCUCACUCCUCGAAACCUUCGCCUUCCAUUGCAUCCCAGUUGUUACCGGCAUCUCAUUCAUGCUCAUCAUCGUCCGCGUCGGCCUCGGCUUCUCCUGGUCCGAGGAUACAGGGGAGAGCUUAGGAGUCACGACGCGCGUGCCGGUUGUCGGACGCCUGCCAACCCGUGGACAGGACUCGGGGGAGCCGUAUCCGCUGCGCAUGAUCACGCUGAAUGUGACACGAACCGUCGAGCGGGAGACGGACUUUGCUUUGCCGCAGUCGCCUGGGGACAAGGGGAGGAGGGGCAGCGUAGACGAGACGUUCAAGGAUCUGACGAAGGAUAGAGCAGAGUCGGUCUAG